ACAUUGUUUUAUUUUGUUUUUUAAUCAAUGAUUCGCUCAACUUGAUUUACAAAAUGAAGUGUGUGGAAUGUUCGGUAAAUUCAAGAAAAUACAAAUGCCCUCGAUGCUAUAAUUUCUGCUGCUGUUUUGAUUGCUUCAAAAAACACAAGUUUUCUGAUUGUGCUUCAGGAAAGAUUGUAUUUGAAAAAUAUCAGACGACACAACUCAGGAAGCACAAGAUCCAAUUUACUACAGAAGACGAGGUUGAUCCCGAAAAAUUAACACUGCUAAGAAAUAAUGAAGCAUUAAAAAAUUUACUUACAAAUCCUCAUCUUCGAGAGUAUCUUUGUGCUCUUGAUUCAUCUGAAAAUGCACAUAAAGCAAUGAAAUUUGCUAUGCUGGAACCACUUUUCAUCGAAUUUGCUAAUGAGUGUAUGAGAAUUGUUGAACCAGUCGAGAAGUGUGUUGAAGAAUAAACCAAUAAAUUAAACUACUUUUUUUCUUUGAUCUUUUUUUUUCAUUAGAUGUAAAAACAUGUGAAAUUCUUAAUAAAGCUUAUAUUUUCCACAAUUAUAAA